AUGGUGGCAGCGGGUACCAAUAUGAAUCGCUGCACCACUUAUAUGCAUCUGAAAGACCCCAGGCGCAAAGAGCUUGUUGAAUGCCUGAAUACACUGAGAGGCCGAGAAGCUCCUCCAGCCGUCCUUCCGCCUCUAUUCUGGGCAGGGAUCUGGUUUUCGGACUUGGAACACCUGGAAGCUAUCGUCACUGAGUUCUCUAAUGAUAUGGAGGAAUGUACCACUAAAGUCAACGACGAUGGCAAUAAUAAUACUCCUGUACGCCGAUCUAAGAGCAUUUCAGGAGGGGUGAGCGGCUCCGUAUAUUUCUGCUAUCCAUCUAUUCAAUUAUUCACGUGUAUAUUCUUAUAUAUAUUUCUAGUUCACCAAAGUGACAGGACCAUGUUAAGCGGCACAUGUUAUACCAUCCAUCCGGUUUUGGUUCUAAACCACAAGUGGCGCGCACCUACUUUUGGAACUCUUCGUUGUUUUUGGAAUCCAGACAAAGUAAAUAAGUGGCAUCAAUCCGUCGAGCAAGCUUCUACAGAAUCUCACCACUGGGACAAGCAACUAUUUGCUCUGGGGCCAAUAGAGCGAUCAGAUGACAAGUCACUAUGGCUUAAGUUAUACUGGCUCCGUGACUCCCGAAUUCCCUCUUUUGCUUCAGAGGGAUUAUCUCGCUGUGAGGCACCAACAAUGCCCAGCGAUCUCGAAUCUGGUGGCUCUAUAUCCAAGUAUGAUGUUGCGCCAAACCUCCGGUUAUACAACUACAAGACAGAUGCUCGGAUUGUGUCGAGAAAUACUAUUACUAUCUGGACCGAAGACCCAGACGGCCUUCCACUGCCAGAGAUUGAAUUCUUUUGUUUACAUGGCUUCUUCAUAGAGUCACUUUACUUAAAGCUGCGGCAAGCCAUAAUCAAGAUGAGGAUGACGACGGUUAUUAUGAAGAUUAUUGUUAUUAUUAUGACAACGGCUUUGAGCCCGAGCCGAUUAUUACGGAGCGUGAGUUCAGCUAACCCCUCGGAGACAAGCUCCUCUCUACACUCGCUCCUACCAGCUUGGAGUAAGUUUUCAGGCCACCAGCACACCAUAUUAAAGGCCUACACUUUAUUGCUCUAG